CAGUGUGAAUAGAGAAACAAUUUAUUUUAAAAGUAUAAUUUUGUAUUUAAAUAUCAAAAUGAAGUGUGUUGUGAAAAACUGUGUUAAUGAUAGAAGGAAUUAAAAUGUGAAGAAAACAUUUUUUAUGUUUCCGAAAGACAAAAGGCAGCAAAAAAAGUGGAUCCAAUUUUGUAAAAAUACUCAAGCAUUUAAGCCGAAAACAUGGCUAAUUUGCAUGGACCACUUCAACGAUGAAGACAUUAUUGGAAACGGGAUGUUCGAAAUGGGCCUUGCCGCCAAAAGGACUUUGAAACCAGGAGCUAUUCCCUGUCGCUAUAACGUUGCAGCUUGUGAAAAUGAGCAGCGAGCCACCAGAGUUAAGCGCAGGGAAAAUAAGAAAAUAGUGACUUCCUUGCUGAUAAAUGUUGACCAACCUCAAGAAGUGCGAGAAGAGUGUAUACCUGCUGAAGAUGUUAACGUGACUGAGGAUUGUGCAGACCUUUUAAUGGAAAACAGUUUCAAUGAAUUGUGCACUGAAGACGCUGCUAUUAAGGAAAUAAAAAUGCUAGAGAAAAAAGUAAUACUACUUCAAACUGAAAAUAAAAAACUUAAAGAAGAUUUUUCGCAUGCCAAGCGCAAACUUGAGUAUGAAGUAAGCGAGUUAAAAGUAAAACUAGCUAAAUCUGAGUUUUACUACAAAAAUGUUGAAAAAAAGUUAAAGAGGAUUUUUACGGACGGUCAGAUAAAAAAAUUGGAAAACGGAUCCAAAAGGCAAAUUUGAACG